GGGUUACGAAGACGGUCAUGAAUUUUAAAGUAUAAAACUAAAUUCUGGAUGUUUGGUUUGCUUGGCGGCUCCUGACUUCUCGCACUUCAGAAAUCGGUUGGUUCUGGAGUGUCAUUUUAACCGCCUCUGUUUAUGCCUUUGCCAGAAAGUUCUGUGUAUUAGUUUUUUUUUUAUUGUGGUUGAAAAUGGCUGAACUCCUCUCUUCCUCUCGUUUCGAAAUCUUUUAUUGAAUGUUACUCAGUAACUGUUUGAUUUGUGGGAUUGCAGGCGUUGAGUAUUUCAAAUAUAGGAUUGGAUAAUUUUCAGGGAAAUCCAGAUAGCCCCAAUUUACCUGGGGUAGAUGAACUUGAUGUUAAGAUAUUGGGUUAUUAGGCUGUGGAUGGAUUUCAGGGACAGAAUACUCUAUAUGAGACAGCUGAGAGUUUCCUAGCAUUCACAAGUUUGUUUCUUGUGGAACUUUUUUAAGCUGGGCUGGAAGCAGAGAAAGGUAAUUGCAGGUUACUGUCAGAUGGAAGGUGAUAAAGCGUUGUUUGAUGGCACAAAGUGCUCAAUUGCAGAAGAUUCAUUCAAUGCCACUGCUAUGGAUUUUUUGAAUUUUGAUGAAUAUGCGGGAUGGUGCAACAGUCCUCAAACGUUGGCCUCCUAUUCAUUUUCACCACAUACUCCAGUAGGAUGCGCACCUUUUGACGGUUUAAAUUAUCCUGAACAGAACAGUGGUGUUUUCUCAAUGAUGGAUGCUGCUGAUAUCACAGACAGUAUAGACGAUGAGGACGAUGAAAUGAUUUUUCAACAGAAUGAUCAAUUACACUCUUCCAUUAGUUCCAUUGAUGUAAUUGGUAAUACUUGGAGGAUUCAAGGCCAUGAGAGUGCCAUUGAGGACUUAGGAAAUCCUAUGAUCCCAAAACCACCUUCUGAACCUCUUCCAGUAAGAAUGCUUACUGCAUUGGGAUUAUUUAAAGAGUCAUCAUCAGGUGGAGGCAUAUUGGCCCAAGUCUGGUUUCCAGUGAAAAGGGGUGAUAAGUACUUGCUAAGCACUCAUGAGCAGCCAUAUCUACUUGACCAUGCUCUUGCUGGAUAUCGUGAGGUGUCAAGUAAUUUCACUUUUGACGCAGUCACCAAACCAGGCUCUUCCCCAGGACUUCCUGGCCGCGUAUUCUCUUCAAGGAUUCCAGAGUGGACAUCAAAUAUUGCAUACUAUAGGGAGGCUGAAUAUCUGCGCAUACAUCAUGCAGUUAACCAUGACAUACGUGGCUGCAUUGCGUUACCCGUUUUCGAGGACGAUCCAAGUGAAAAACCAUGUUGUGCUGUACUUGAAGUUAUCACCAUGAAGGAGAAACCCGAUUUUAAUUCCGAAAUUGAAAAGGUUUGCCGUGCGCUACAGGUUAGUUACUUUAUACGAGUAGGUCUUUUCAUAUACUUUUACAUAUUUAAUCCUACAUUCCCAUGAAUAUGCAAGUUUAUUUAGUAUACCUCCUUUCAUCUUGCUUCGGGUAAAGGUAAAUGUCAAAUACUAAAUUCUCCUAUUUGAGACAUGUGAGCUGUGUUUGAAUCCGGAAGUCCUAAGGAAUGGAAAGAAGACAAUAAAGAAAAUGCAAAGAAAAGUGAAAUUUGAUUAAUGUUUUUAAAUAUAGAUUGUUACUUAAAUAUUAAGUUGUGCUAUAUAAAAACCCAUUGGAUAGAACCAACAUAGUUACAAUCAACUGGCCAGUUGCAUGUUGGUAAUUGUGUUUCUAAUUGGGGAGUUGCAUGUGGUAACAUUUAUGUCCUAAGAUUAAAAAUUAGCAUGUCACAUUUACAUCCAAUGUGAAUUCAAUUAAGUAUAUAAUAAUAUAAAUUAAUGAAGUAAUGAAUUUGAACAUAUAAUAAUAGAAACUAACGGAGUAAUGAAUUUGAGCAAGUCCUAAAAACAUUAUCGAGUUUAAACCAAUAAAUUAUUUUUCGUCACACAACAUUUUCUUGCAAAUAUAUCCUAUAUUUUCCUUCAAUUUUUCUCUCCUUAGCAUUUCCGAGUUCCAAACAGACCCUUGACGUCUCAUAGAAAGAUUCCAAACUAUGGGAGUUGUUUGCAAACAAAGGAGUAAUAAUGAAUUGUAAAUCAUGAUGCACUGACGCUGGAGACAGGAGGGAGAAUUUGUGGCUAGGGGAAGUAGUGCUUCUAGAGGGUUUGUAUCUGUAUAGUUAUAGUUUGCAUGGGCACCCUCCUUUUAUUUCAUAGAAAAGGUGUAAUUUCUCUAUCUGGCUAUUUACAGGCAGUGAAUUUGAGGAGCAUUGCAUCUCCACGUCUCUAUCCUCAGGUUCCCCCCUAAAUAUAUGUGGCUUUGACAUGCAUCUGUAAAAACAAAAAAAACCAUCAGGCUUGAUUUAAUUUUUCACAAAAGUUUUCUUGUCUAGGCUUCUUAUUCUGUUCGUGCUUGAUUGCAGUGCCUUUCAACAAAUCAAAAAUCUGCUUUAGCUGAGAUAACUGAUGUUAUGCGAGCUGUAUGUCAUGCACAUAGACUACCACUCGCCCUCACAUGGAUUCCUUGUAUUUAUACAGGAGGAGACAAUGAUGAAAUUAGAAGGGUGCGAUGUAAAGGAUGCAGCUCGGACUCAAUUGAGAAAAGCAUUCUUUGUAUUGAGAGUAGUGCUAGCUAUAUCAGUGACAAGGAGAUGCUAGGAUUUGUGCAGGCAUGCAUGGAACAUUACCUUGAGGAAGGACAAGGAAUUGCUGGGAAAGCUCUUCAGUCCAAUCACCCCUUUUUUUAUCCGGAUGUGAAGGAAUACCAUAUAAGCGAGUAUCCACUCGUUCAUCAUGCACGGAAGUUUGGCCUUAAUGCCGCUGUUGCCAUUAGGUUAUGCAGUACUUUCACCGGGAAUGAUGAUUAUAUUUUGGAGUUUUUUCUUCCUCUUGAUAUGAAGGGAAGUACUGAACAACAACUCCUCUUAAAUAACUUAUCCGGUACCAUGCAAAGGAUUUGUAAGACAUUGAGGAUAGUCUCUGAUGCAGAACUCAGGAAUGGAGACGGUUCCAAGUGUGGGCCAGGGAAUGCAUCUUCUCCAAACAUACCACCAAUUUCAUUGGCACGAUGCUCACGACAAUCACUUCUAGAUAGCACCUUGGAUCGUACGGAUGAGGUGCAUUUGAAUGUAUCUGCUUCAGAGAGUCCUGGAAUGGGUCCUAACAGUGCUCAACAAGAG